AUACUCGACAUUUAUAUAUUUUUAAUCAUGAGAAUGAGUAGAGUAGUUUCAACUUUCAUCACUAAGAUUUACAAAGAUUCUCUGUUGAAAGCAACAGCUGCGUUUUUUUAUGGUGGAAGAAACUGGACACCAGAGCCGCAGACAAACUAUAUUUAAAGGUCUCUUUGUUUGUUUAUUUGUUUGAAUUGCUGCAAAAAAAAGAAAAAAAAAAUCACAGUAGAAAGAAAGGGGGGAAACGUGUUUGCAUGCCACUUCUGAAUUUUUUUGUAUUAUUAUUUGUAUCUUUGAGGAAUAUAUAAGAUAGAAUUCGUGGCUUCUGAUUCUCACCACCCAAAUUAUCAAAGAAAAAUUUCACACAUAGUUGUUGAGUUUGUUCACUCUGAUAGGUCAACGCCCCACAUUUUUUCUUAUCUGAAUUUUGAUGCUAAUUUGGUCUUUAUAGUUGAUUUUGGUAGAUGGGUUUCAAGGAAGAUUCUUGAUCUUUUUACAGGUGAAAAAUAGGGUUUUUGUUUGGAGGAAUUCAUGGCUGAGAUAGGAGCAGAAUGUAAGAAAGGUUUGAGAGGGAAAGCUGUGAUUUUGAUUGCUUUACUUGUUUUAGCUUGUGGGAUUGUUUCAGCUCAAGAGGAUCUUGAGCAAGUGACUACUAAAGGAAAUGGUCCCUCUGAAUCUGGUUAUUCCACAAGAAUAAUCAGCUUCUUGAAGCAAAGUGGAGACUUGCUUUCAAAACCUGUUUGGCCUGAUAUCGAAUUUGGAUGGAGAAUAGUUCUUGGCACUGUGGUUGGAUUCUUUGGUGCUGCUCUUGCUAGUGUUGGAGGUGUUGGUGGAGGCGGCAUUUUCGUUCCCAUGCUGUCGUUGAUCAUUGGGUUCGACCCAAAAACAUCAACUGCUAUAUCAAAGUGUAUGAUAACCGGUGCUGCACUUGCUACUGUGUAUUACAACAUCAAGCUCCGCCAUCCUUCCCUCGAUCUCCCCAUAAUUGAUUACGAUUUAGCUCUUCUUUUCCAGCCAAUGCUGAUUCUUGGAAUUAGCAUUGGAGUUUUUUUCAAUGUGAUUUUGGCAGAAUGGAUGGUUACUGUCUUGCUCAUAGUUCUUUUCAUAGCUACCUCAACAAAGGCAUUCUUCAAAGGUGUCGAAACAUGGAAGAAAGAAACCAUAAUAAAGAAGGAAGCUGCUAGACGCUUUGCAUCUGAUUCACGAGCCAAUGGAAGCGAAGAAGCUCCGUACAAGCUUCUACCAACAGGCCCCACUGAUGAAAAUCGAGUGAAUCUCAACGAGCAAAAACCGUUAGAGGUUUCAGUUAUCAACAACGUCUCCUGGAAGAAGCUCGGCUUUCUCUUUGCUGUCUGGCUCAUCAUCUUCUCGCUCCACGUCUCCAGGGAUUUUGUGACCACUUGUUCAGUUGCAUUUUGGAUAGUAACCUUAUUGCAGAUUCCCGUUACCAUUGGAGCCUCAGGAUAUCAGGCCGUCUGCUUGUAUAAGGGUUGGAGUGUGGUCGAAUCCAAAGGAGAACCGGGAAUCAAGUGGACUGUAUACCAGUUGAUUCUUUGUUGUUUCUGCGGAAUAUUAGCUGGUGUAGUAGGCGGUCUGCUAGGCCUUGGAGGAGGGUUCAUCUUAGGUCCGUUGUUUCUCGAGCUAGGAAUUCCACCACAGGUCUCGAGUGCCACAGCAACACUGGUCAUGGCAUUUUCGGCAUCCAUGUCCGUUAUACAAUACUACCUUUUGAGGCGUUUCCCUCCAUCCUACGCCCUUUAUUUUGUUGUAGUGGCUACGUUUGCUGCAUUGGUAGGACUACACGUGGUCAGAAAGCUCGUUAGUAUACUUGGUAGGGCGUCGUUGAUCAUCUUCAUUCUGGCCUUCACGAUCUUCCUGAGUGCGAUCUUACUAGGUUGGGUUGGCAUAGAAAACAUCAUCGGAAACGGCGACGAUGGCGGAUAUGACUUGUGGUUUUACAACUUUUGUGAAUACAACAAGCCUUAGUUGCUGCCUGCCUGAAAAGAUCAGUUCAUGUACAGACUUU